CAAAAUGUCCUUCACUGAAUUGCUGGCAAUCUUUGGGGGAUUUACCGUUGUUUUCUACCUGCUGAAACUGGCCUGGAAAUGUUGGUGUGGAUUCAGACAAUUUGUUUUGUCAGAGCUUUGGCAUGUUGAUUUACGAACAUAUGGACAAUGGGCAGUUGUUACUGGUGCCACAUCUGGCAUUGGUAAAGCCUAUGCCUGUGAGCUGGCAAGAAGAGGCCUAGAUGUUGUGUUAAUAAGCAGAUCUGAUGAGAAGCUUCAAAUGAUUGCCAAAGAGAUAAAAGAUCAAUACGGACGAAAGACUCGGACCAUCCAAGCGGACUUCACAGAUGGUCAAAGUAUCUACCCUGCUGUAGCUGGAGAACUACAGGGACUGGAGAUUGGGAUUCUGGUUAACAAUGUAGGAAUGGCCUAUUCUGAUCAUUUUGCCUAUUUCCUGGAAAUACCAGAUGUUGAACAGAAAAUCACUCAGAUUGUCAACUGUAACAUGCUGUCAGUCCCUCAGAUGACCAGACUGAUUCUUCCAGGCAUGGUUGAAAGAGGGACAGGGCUGAUAAUCAAUAUCUCCUCCGAAGCCGGCGUCCGUCCACAGCCUUUGUUGUCCCUUUAUUCCGCCACUAAGAUUUUUGUAACAGCUUUUUCUCAGUGUCUGCAUGCUGAGUACAAGUCAAAGGGAAUAAUUGUUCAGUGUGUGGCUCCCUUAUUAGUGUCCACCAACAUGACGAAAAACAUGAGCGUCAACUGCUUGGUGAAGAGUGCUUCCGGGUUUGCGAGUGAGGCCUUGAACACUGUGGGUCACUCCAGCUACACUAGCGGCUGUCUGUCUCACGCACUCCAGGACAUGGCUCUAGCAAUACUCAUGCCGGACUGGUUUCGUAUGUCACCAUUCCUCAUGAGAAAGCUACGGAAGUUUGCAGAAGACAGAAAAUAUGAUAUAAGAGUAUGUGAGGAAAAGGACAAGCUUGGUGAAAAGGAAGAGUAGUCUUGCCUGCAUCUGCAUGUUGAAGUUCUUACUGGCAUGCAAGUUCACACGUGAAUAUGGCCUUCAUAAUAGAUUAUCUCCACUUCUCAGAUAACUCAAAUGAUUUGAGGUAACUAUAAUAACUGAGCUACACUAUACACUAUAUUCGGUUUGUAAUUAUAAAUUAUGUAUAUUUAAUUAUUCUCAAUUUUUGCAGACAUUUUGAUUUUAUCUAUAGAGUAGAUGUGCAGGGUAGCAUAACAGAGUUUCUAUUAUUAUUUAUACUAUCGCCCUUGACAGAUAUACAGACACAAACUAUACUGCUUUGCAUUUAAGAGAUCUUUUAAAUAAAUAUUUUUUGUUAAGAUCUUACAAUAUUACAUUUAGAAACACAGCUACACAAAACAUUUGGCAUAUAUUUAUACCUAUGACCAUAUAUAUAAGUAAGACCAUUAAUAUACAGGAAACAGUCCUCUCACGCUUUCUCACUGAUCGAGUUAAAAAAAAAAAAAUAGAACAUGCCAAAAGGUUGUGCAACUUUUCACCAAUUUCUUAUUUGGUAAAAGCUUAGUGUUGCCCAGUAUAAAACAAAAUGUGAGAAGAAUGCAGUAACUUCGUUCUAACUUUCUUUUAUUCUGUAUUUUGUAAAUAGGGUAAAUGAAUUGCUGUGUAAAAAUGUGACUUAUUUUGGUGUAAACCUGGAUUUGGUCUGACCCAUCGUUGUUCCUGGUCCUGACAGAGACUGGAUUAAAGUCACCAUCACUUUAACAAUUUUUUUUUUUUUUCAAAAACAAAAUCAACAUAUAUUUUUUCAGGUUAGCGCAAUAGCAACAAAUAUCGUUCAGCAUUCGGAAGUAAAACAUACUAUAUGUAACGGUUCCCUUUGUGAAGACUAGAGAAGCACAUGUAACAGGCACAAGACAUGUUUGCAAAAAA